UAAGCAAGCGGUGUUCGACGGGAAGAAGGCCAUUAGAGGUGGAAUUCCAUUUGUCUUUCCUCAAUUUGGAGCGUGGUCAUUUGGGCCAGGACAUGGAUUUGCCAGGAUCAUACGUUGGAACGUAGAAAAAUCACCUGAAAGAUUGCCGAGCGGUGAUGUAGAAGCGAUAUUUUCAAUAAUGGACAACGAAUUCACUCGUUCUAUGUGGAACUAUCCAUUUCGAUUAACUUACAGGCUAAUUUUACGCGAAAAAGAGCUUCACUUCAACAUUGGUGUUUACAAUCCUAGUAAAGAGCACACUUUCAGUUUCAAUUUACUUUUGCACACAUACUUUAAGGUUCCUGAUGUCAGAAGGUGUCAAAUUACUGGUCUUCACGGGUGUACUUUCAUCGACAAGACGAGGGAUAAUCAAAUUUUUCAAGAGGGUCUGGACGUUGUUACCGUACGCGAAUGGACUGACAGAAUUUAUCAAAACACUCAACCUGAGCAUAUAAUAACAAAUGUUGUGUCAGGCCGAAAAAUGCGCGUCCAAAAGUACAACUUUCCCGAUACAGUUAUUUGGAAUCCGUGGCAAGAAAAAGCACGAGACAUUCCAGAUUUUGGCGACGACGAAUUUCCUAAUAUGAUUUGCGUUGAAAGUGGACAUGUCAGUAGCCCAGUUAUACUGUUGCCAGGAACUGCUUUUGAGGCUAGUCAAAUCCUUCAGGUCAUGUGAGUAGAGGGUGGAGUAUCAUCGAGCCAAGUGCCGUCAAAUAAUGUCGUGACAUCGGAUCACUUUCUUCCUGCAUCGGGUACUUUAUCACCAGCGCGUCCACGCGCAACUGUUGGCUGGCCGGCCAGUCCACCGAAUUGGCUCUAUGUACAAUCUCCAAUGCAGACACCCACGACACCUAAUCAUCAUCAUCACCAUCACCACCACCAUCACCAUCCGUCGCAUCAUUAUGCUAAUUGUAUAACACAGUCCUGUUCAAUUUGUUCUCUCAAUCUGUAGAUUUUUUUUUGCUGGUAACAGACCCAGCCUAUCAAUCAAUCAAUUCUUAUCAACUUAGAUUUAUUUUAAAUAUACAUAUAUUUUUAUUUCUCUAACUCUUAGACUUGCGAUGUUAAAUAACGCAAUAUAUUAGGGCAGCAAACAUUCCCAAUAGCUUAUUCCUUGGGCGUUGUCUCAAGAUGACUGGUGAUUUUUCAUUAUUAUCAUCAUUAUUAUAUUUACUUUUAUCCCGUUGACGUUACAGCUAAAGCAAUGGUGCUAUGAAUAUUAUAAGUGACAUUGUAGACUUAGAUAUUUUUUUAAAUCUUUUAAUUAAUCAGCCCAUCGACUAAAAUCGCUGGGUCUGUUUUGUUUCUAUUAUAAUUAUUAUUUUUAUUAGCAAUUAUAAUAAAUUAUGUUUUUUUUUUUUUUUUUUUUUUUAUGUAUAUGUACCGUUACAGUGCAUUGACAUGCGAAUCACAAGCAAUAGUUAAUUUUAAAUACUGUGUAGACCUACUCAGCUUUUAUAUUUAAUAUUUUCAGAUAAUUGACUGUCAAGAGCUAGUAAUUAGCUCAUUUCCUCAUUGCAAUACAAUUUAAUAUCAAUGAUCGUUUGCUUGCAUUAACGUAUUAAUAGAUUAACAACCGUUAUCCAAUGAUCAUUACUAUUACUAUCAUUAAUUAUUAUUAUUAUAAAAUACAUGUAAUUUAAAAAAAAAAAUUUAUUAUUUUUUAAUACUUUGUAUUUGUAUCGCUUUCUCAUUAAAUAUUUAAAUCUUUAGUUGUGAAUGUUAUUGUUAAGAAUGCGAUACUGAUCAUUAAAAAAAUUAAAAUGUAUACGAAAAAAAAA